AUGUUCGUCCCCCAGAGGUUCACCCUCCUGCUUCUUGUCCUCAGCAGGUUUUCCCUCCCAUGCUGGGCUCUGAGGUACUACCCAGAGUUUGUCGACUACAACCUCAACCAGAACGAGAACACCACCAACCCCCUCGAGUACUCUGGAAAAUGGGAGGACCACACGUUCCACGCGUCUCCAGAUAACUGGCGGUUCCCCUUCUACACCCUCUUCCUGGACCGGUUCGUCAACGGCGACCCAACCAACGACAAUGCCAACGACACGGUCUUUGAGCAGGAGGUAAUGGGCACGCAGCUUCGGUUCGGCGGUGACAUUCAGGGCCUGGCGGACAGCCUGGAUUAUAUCCAGGGCUUUGGUAUCAAAGGCCUCUAUGUUGCUGGGUCGCCGUUUAUCAAUCAGCCUUGGGGGUCGGAUGCGUACUCGCCUCUAGACCAUACGCUUCUUGACUUGCACUUUGGAAAUAUCACCGCGUGGCGGGCUGCUAUCGACGAGAUCCAUAAGCGUGGCAUGUAUAUCAUUCUUGACAAUACUGUGGCCACCAUGGGCGAUCUGGUCGGCUUCAAGGGCUACCUCAACAAAUCCGCACCCUUUGUCCCCGAGCACGAGCACGAGGCCCUGUGGAAGGCUUCCAACGGCCGACGUUACCACGACUUCGACUUCGGCACCACCUUCAACUCCACCUGCGUGGACUUCCCGCGCCUCUUCUGGGACAACGGCUCCGACGUGCAGGAGUCCGUGUACGAGACCUUCGGAGGCUGCUACGACGGCGACUUUGACCAGUUCGGCGACACCGAGGCCUUUGGUGUGUAUGCCGACUACAGACGACAGCUGACCAAGUUCGCAUCCGUGCAGGACAGGCUGCGCGAGUGGGUGCCCGAUGUGAGGGAGAGGCUGGAGCGCUUCUCUUGUCUGACGAUCCAGAUGCUGGAUAUCGAUGGGUUCCGGUAUGACAAGGCGACGCAGGUCACGGUGGAUGCCGAGGGCGAUUUCUCGUCCAAGAUGCGUGAGUGCGCGCGCGAGGUCAACAAGACGAAUUUCUUUAUUCCUGGAGAGAUUACUGGUGGUAAUACUUUUGGGGCCGUCUAUGUUGGCCGUGGUCGUCAGCCAGCUCAAUACCUUGACAGCAUCGAGACAGCAGCCAACAUGACCAACGCCACCGCCUCAGGCCAGGACAUCUUCAUCCGGGAUGAAGGACAGAAUGCUCUGGACGCUGCAGCGUUCCACUACUCCAUCUAUCGCAACCUUCUCCGGUUUCUGGGCAUGGACGGUGACAUGACGGCCGCCUAUGAUCUUGACAUUGACUUCGUCGAGGCCUGGAACACGAUCAUGCUCACCAACGACAUGUUGAACGCCGAGACGGGCGAGUUUGAUCCUCGACACAUGUUUGGGGCGUCGAACCAGGACGUGUUCCGGUGGCCUUCCAUCUCGUAUGGUGUGGAACGUAACCUCCUUGGUCUGUACAUCACCACCCUUCACAUGCCUGGAAUCCCUCUCCUUCUCUGGGGAGAAGAGCAGGCCUUCUACGUGCUCGACAACACAGCUGCCAACUACAUGUUCGGCCGUCAGCCCAUCGCCUCGGGCCCAGCCUGGCAGGCCCACGGGUGCUAUUCCCUCCUCCCCGCCACUCUCUACUUCGACAUGCCUCUCAACGCCUCUCUCUAUGGCUGCAGAGAUGACACCGUCUCGUACGACCAUCGUGACCCCAGCCACCCAAUCCGUAACGUUAUCAAGCACAUGUACCACAUGCGCGAGAAUUAUCCCGUCCUGCAGGACGGCUUCUACCUGCGCGAGCUGUCCAAGUCUACCGAGGAGAUCUAUCUGCCUGGUUCCUCAGGCGUGGGCACCGAGACGGGCCUGUGGUCGACGAUGCGAAAUCAGUUUCUGGGGAUCCAGGAUCUUGGGGAUGAUACCGCCCCCGUCUGGCUCGUGUACCACAACCGCAACGAGUCAUACACCUACAGCUUCAACUGCAGUGAUAACGACACGGCGCUCAUCAGUCCCUAUGACGAAGGGACAACGGUCAAGAAUCUCUUCUUUCCGCACGAGGAGCUGAACCUGACGGCAUCCAACGUGAAGCUGGGCAUCAACGGGUCGACAGAGUACAACGGUUGUUACGACAGCCUCACCCUGGACCGAUUCGAGUUCCGUGCUUAUGUGCCCCUGGAAGACUGGGUGCCUCCGCCGCCUAUGAUCACCAAGUUUGAGCCUGGCCACGACACGAGGAUCUAUUCUACAGAAGAGAGCACCACGGUGGCCAUCAGCCUGCACUUCAACACGGAUAUGGAGUGCGAUGCCCUGACGCAGGCCAUCAACUUCACCUCCAACACGCAGUUUGGGCUGACCCCCUCCAUCGAUAACUCUACUGUGUCGUGUGGUGCCGUGACGGACUCGCAACCAGAUUAUACAGGCAUCAUCGCCUCGGCAUGGGCAUGGUCUGCCAAUGUGACCAACCUCGCGCCUGGAAUCCACCAGAUCGCCGUGAGCAACGCAACCACCGCAGACGGAGGCUCGUACACAAACGCCGUCGACCGCUUUCUCCUGCGCGUGGGGGACACAGCCAACCCUCUUGUUUUCCCCACCACGGCAAACUACUCCAGCACCCUCCUCAACCGCACAACAGACGGCAGCAACGACUUGACCUUGACCCACAGCGCCCCUGGCGCCAGCUGGUUCCGCUACACGACCAACUGGGGCUCGACCUACAGCAGCUGGAUGCGCUACGAGGACAAGAGCACCAUCAGCGAGUUGGCAUGGAACGGCACUUCAGCCCAGGCCUGGAAGGGCACCCAUGUCAUCGUCCAGUACUGGAGCCAGCUCCUGGGCAGCAGCAGCUACGUGGUGCACGCCGACCUCGACUACAAUGGCAAGGAGAGACGGUUCCCUCACCUGUGGGCGUCGGGCCCCUUCAACCAGUACGGCUACGACGCGGGUCUCGACAACACCAUCGAGCACACGGCCGAGUCGCUCUGGGAGUGGCACUACAUGGACGAGUGGCCUGCGUAUUUCCAGGUCAGCGUGUGGGGGAUGAACCCGGACAGCCAGCCCGAUCAGAGCUUUAUCUUUGGUGACGUGGAUUACGAUGGUGUGCUGGACCGCAUGCCUCCCUCGUCGCUGACCGAGACGGAUAUCAAUAUCACGGCGUACCCGCCCAAACCGCACUUGGCAUAUCGGCUGGUGAUCCAGGACUCGACGCUGAAGUAUGGCAUCGUCCCUGUGGGGAACAUGUGGCUCCAGCUGAUCCUGUACGUGCUGCUGUGGAUUGUGCCAGUUCUCUCGGCAAUGGUAGUCGUGCACGCCUUCAGGAAGUCGUUCUACAAGAUCAAGUUCAACGAGGUGGGCGUGGGCCAGGGCUCAACCGUUGCCCUGCUCGCCCAGAAGGCCAAGAGCGCGCUUCACCUGGGCGGUGAGAAAUACCAGAGCAUUUCCGCCGCCUCGAAGACCCUCGUCGUCCCAGGAGCUGCUGGUCGUGUUGUCGCAGCAGGUGCAGGGGCAAGCACGCGCAGAAAAGUGCUCAUCGCGACCAUGGAGUACAACAUUGACGACUGGAACAUCAAGAUCAAGAUCGGCGGGCUGGGCGUUAUGGCGCAGCUCAUGGGCACGGCGCUGCGGCACCAGGACCUGGUCUGGGUGGUGCCUUGUGUGGGCGGGAUCGAGUAUCCUGUCGACACGCCUGCUGAGCCCAUGUUUGUGAAGAUUAUGGGCCAGUUCUAUGAGGUGCAGGUGCAGUAUCACAAGCUGGAGAAUAUUACCUUUGUGCUGCUGGAUGCGCCCGUGUUCCGGAAGCAGACCAAGGCAGAGCCGUAUCCUCCUCGAAUGGACGAUAUGGAGAGUGCUGUGUAUUACUCUGCAUGGAACCAGUGUAUUGCAGAGACGAUGAAGCGUUUCCCUGUCGAUUUGUAUCACAUCAACGAUUACCACGGUGCCUGCGCUCCGUUAUACCUCCUCCCCAAGACCAUCCCUUGUGCACUAUCUCUUCACAACGCAGAGUUCCAGGGCAUGUGGCCUAUGAGAACACCUGAGGAAUGCAAGGAGGUGUGCGAGGUGUAUAACCUUCCCGAGCAGGUUGUGAAAGACUAUGUUCAGUUUGGUUCCGUUUUCAACCUUCUUCAUGCUGGUGCAAGCUACCUGCGCAUCCACCAGCAGGGCUUUGGAGCGGUCGGUGUCUCCAGGAAAUACGGUGAUCGAUCUUUUGCGCGGUACCCCAUCUUCUGGGGAUUGUCCAAGGUCGGACAACUGCCCAAUCCUGAUCCCACGGACACUGGCGAGUGGAGUGCCGACGCCCUAGUUACCGAGAAGCCCACCAUCGACCAGGACUUCGAGGCCGGCCGAAUUGAGCUCAAGCGCCAGGCCCAGGAGUGGGCUGGUCUGGAGCAAAACCCCAGGGCCGAGUUGUUUGUCUUUGUGGGCCGAUGGAGUCUGCAGAAGGGUGUCGACUUGAUUGCGGAUAUCUUUCCCUGGGUGCUGGAGCAGUAUCCUCAGACCCAAGUGAUUUGCAUCGGCCCUGUCAUCGAUCUCUAUGGUCGAUUUGCCGCCCUGAAACUGGCCAAGCUGAUGGAUAAAUAUCCCGGCCGCGUCUUCAGCAAGCCCGAGUUCACUGCCCUCCCGCCUUACAUCUUCAGUGGUGCUGAGUUUGCCCUGAUCCCAUCUCGAGAUGAGCCCUUUGGCCUGGUGGCUGUUGAGUUUGGCCGCAAGGGUGCUCUGGGUGUUGGCGCGCGGGUGGGUGGUCUGGGCCAGAUGCCAGGCUGGUGGUAUACCGUGGAGAGUACCAAGGCCUCUCACCUUCUCCAUCAGUUCAAAAACGCCAUCGUGGCCGCCCUCAAGACCGAUACCGAGACCAGAGCUAUGAUGCGUGCCUACUCUGCAAAACAGAGAUUCCCCGUGGCACAGUGGCUUGACAAGCUCGAGACUCUCCAAAACUCGGUCAUCAAAGUCCACGACAAGACGGCCCAGAAGGCCGCCAGGAAAGGCGCCGGGUUCAUGGCCAGCACCAAGAACCUGCUCAGCCUCAGCCCCAGCCCGAGCAAAGAGAAUCUGGACACUGCCACCGAGCUCCAGCUGCGCGACCAGAGGCCUGCGUGGAUGCUGUCCAUCACCGACCUGGGCGAUAAUUCGACGAUUCACGACCCCUCCCGUAUCAGUACAGCGUUCAACUCACCGGCAGCCUCGAGGCCUGGAACACCUGGUUUUGAAGACUGGGGAUCCCGUCCAGACUCGCCGUCCAUGCAGUCCUUAUCCUUCUCGCGGCCUUUUGGCGGCCACGCGAGAAUCGAGUCUGUCCAGAGCAUAGCGACCAUGGCGAGCCUGCCUCUCCCGCUGCCCAACUCACCUUUUGUCAUGCAGCAUAACAAUGCCAGCCGCGCGUCCAUGCUCAGCCUGGACGAGGUUGUCGGCGAGCGUCAGGACUACAAGCUGCAGAAGGUCGACCCCUUCUUCACUGACAAGGAUGGUAGCUUUUAUGCCGCCUUUGAGCGCAAGCUGGCCUCGCUCGAUGCCUCCAACUCGGCGUCUGAGCUGUGCAUCGAGGACUUCUUGAUGCGCUCCGAGAAGGAGUGGUUCAACGAGUACCGCGACGUGAGGCUCGGUCGUGGUCGUGGACGGUCCUCGUCGCCAGCAGGGAGGGAUCGCUCCAGAGGGCGGUCCACAAGCCGGUACGAAAGAUCAAGGUCUCGUCAGAGGGCGACGCUGGGUCUCAGCACCGUUGUGGGAAGAGACUCUGGCUACGACGCCUUUGAGAUCCCCAAGGACUACAUCCCCCCGACGGGUCUGAAGAAAUACCUUCAGUACCAGCUGGGCGAGUGGCCCGUCUACGCCAUCCUCCUCGCCGCCUCGCAGGUCAUUGCCUCCAACUCGUACCAGGUCACUCUUCUCACGGGCUCUGUGGGCCAGCCUGCCUCGAAACUGUACACCGUGGCCAGCAUCUAUCUCGCCUCCACCAUCGUGUGGUAUGUCCUCUCGCGCACGGUUCCCCUGCUGUACCCUCUCGCCAUCCCCUUCAUCUUCUAUGGCGCGGCCUUUUUCGUCCUCGGCUUCUCUCCCUUGGCCACCGAUUCCACUACGCAGGGCUGGGUCCAGAACGUCGCCACGGGCCUGUACGCCUUCGCUUCGUCCUCCGGCGGCAUCACCUUUGCCUUUAAUUUCGGCACCGAUGGAGGGUCUACCAUCUCCUCUUGGAUUAUGCGCCUUGCUCUCAUCCAGGGCGUCAGCCAGCUUUAUACCAUCGGCCUCUGGGCCUGGGGCUCCGCCGUCUCUACGGCCGCAGCCGACGGAGACUCCGAGUCCAUCGCCAACAGCCCUGUCCUCCUCGCUGUCUGCCUCCCCAUUGCCUUCCUUCUCUGGGCGAUUGGUACGAUCCUCUACCUUGGCCUCCCAGAUUUCUACCGCGAGACGCCAGGUCCCGUCCCUCAGCUGUGGAAGACGCUGCUCCGCCGCAAGACCAUCGCCUGGUAUCUUCUGGCCGUCGUCAUACAAAACUACUUCCUCAGCGCUGUGUAUGGCCGCAACUGGUUCUUCCUCUUCUCCUCUUCCGCGCUGCCUAUCUGGGGCGCCGUCCUGCUUGCCCUGGGUUUCUUUGUCUUCAUGUGGGCCAUCCUCCUCUUCAUACUCGCUCGCCUGAGCCGUGGCCACCCUUGGCUGUUUCCCAUGUUCGCCGUCGGCCUUGGUGCGCCUCGCUGGGCACAAACCUUCUGGGGCAUCUCCCGCAUCGGUCUCUGGCUGCCCUGGGCCGGGUCCGCCCUCGCCUCCGCAGUUGUGUCUCGUCUGCUCUGGCUGUGGCUCGGCUUGUUGGAUGGCAUCCAGGGCGCGGGCAUUGGCAUGAUUCUCAUGUUGACACUCACACGUGUCCACGUCGCCGCUGCCAUCGUCGGGGCGCAGGUUCUGGGGUCCAUUGCGACCAUUGCGGCGCGGGCGAGUGCGCCUGAUAAGCUAGGGCCUGGGCCUGUGUUCCCGGAUCUCUCCAAGGGAGCGGGUGCGGUGGUGGGGAGUGCUUGGUUUUGGGUGGUGCUCGGUCUGAAUUUGGGCAUUUGCUUUGGGUAUUUCAAGUUCUUCCGCAAGGAGCAGGUUAGUAAACCUUGAUACGGUUUGCUUUUUAUGGUGUUCUUUUUUUGCUUUGUUUGCUGCUUGGGAAUUAUACAUACAUUACAUUCUAUACACUACAUUAGAAAGAGAGUGUUUCAGAACAAAGGAUUUGGGGAUGGGAUAUAUACUAGUAUAGAGAUGAUACACACUAUAGCGAUCUUGAUUCUUUUUGAUAAUGUUAAUUCCUCAACACUG